AUGGAUGAGUUGGUGGCUCCAUCCACACCUUCUUCUGCUCCUCCUCCGGCGUCGAACAACUCUGGUGUGUCGAUGGAUCUGCUUUCGAGCUACUCGCAACUGCAAUCUCAAGGGAAAUCUGACGCUGCUGCUGCCGCCGCCGCUCAUGCAUCGUCAAACGGCAUGACGGCGGUGGACCCGCCGUCGCCUUUGGACAUGUAUGGAUCCUCGUGGGACGUCUCACGCUAG